AUGGAAACCCCACAUUACGAUCAUUUAACUCCGCAAGAUUAUGAAAAGGUCUACGAACCUGCUGAGGAUACGUUUUUGCUUCUCGAUGCAAUAGAAGAUAAUUUGGAAUACUUGAAAUCUAUUCAACCGGGAAUUUGUGUGGAAAUUGGGUCUGGCAGUGGGCUUGUCAUCACAGCCCUCUCACAGCAAUUCCCUAAUGCAGUUUGCUUGUCAACAGACAUCAAUCAGUGGGCUUGCAACACUACAAAGCGAACUGCUUUGCGAAAUCAAGCAUCUGUGGAUCCAAUACGAACUAAUCUCUUGGACAAUAUCAGAGACAAGCUCGUAGAUGUAUUGCUAUUCAAUCCACCCUAUGUGGUAACCACAGACGAUGAGCUCAAUCACAAGGAGAGGAAUUUUGAUUCAGAAAAGACAGACAAUAAUUUGAUUUAUUCAUGGGCAGGUGGUGUAGAUGGUAGACGUGUUAUUGAUGCUCUCAUUGACAAAUUAGAUUCGAUAUUAUCCCCAAAUGGAGUGCUUUAUUUGUUGGUGUUGAAGGAAAAUAAUCUAUCUGAUAUUAUAAGUAAAUUUGCAUGUAAACAAUUUAUUGCAGUUAUAUUUAAGGAAAGACGAAUUCCUGGUGAACAUUUGUUUAUUUUAAAAGUCAUACGCUUUUAAUUCUAUGUUUAAUUA